AAAAAGCUGGGAUUUCUCUGUUGCGCAUGUGCGCGCUCUCAGCCUGAUGGGAGUUGUAGUUCCGAAGGUGAAGCUCGGCGUUACUGUCAGGAAACCAAACUGCAAGCUUUGGGAGUUGUUAGCUGUCCCCGCCCAGCUCCCCGCUACAGAGAACGCCAGAGGGAGGCGGCUGGCCCAGCGUCAGGCUCUUAGAACCUGUACCCGUGAUGCUACUGCUAUGGCUGUCGGUGGUCGCAGCCUGGGCGCUGGGGGCACCGGCCCCUGGAGCAGGAGAGCAGAAGCGUGUAGCAGCCAAAUCCCCCAACGUGGUCCUGGUCGUGAGCGACUCCUUUGAUGGAAGGUUAACAUUUCAUCCAGGAAGUCAGGUAGUGAAACUUCCUUUUAUCAACUUUAUGAAGGCACGUGGGACUUCCUUUCUGAAUGCCUACACAAACUCUCCAAUCUGCUGCCCAUCACGCGCAGCAAUGUGGAGUGGUCUCUUCACUCACUUAACAGAAUCUUGGAAUAAUUUUAAGGGUCUAGAUCCAAAUUAUACAACAUGGAUGGAUGUCAUGGAGAGGCAUGGCUACCGAACACAGAAAUUUGGGAAACUAGACUAUACUUCAGGACAUCACUCCCUCAGUAAUCGUGUAGAAGCAUGGACAAGAGAUGUUGCUUUCUUACUCAGACAAGAAGGCAGGCCCAUGGUUACUCUUAUCUCUAAUAGGACUAAAGUGAGAGUGAUGGAAAAGGAUUGGGAGAAUAUAGACAAAGCAAUGAACUGGUUAAGAAAAAAGGCAAUUAAUUAUACUGAACCAUUUGUUCUUUACUUGGGAUUAAAUUUACCACACCCUUACCCUUCACCGUCUUCUGGAGAAAAUUUUGGAUCUUCAACAUUUCACACAUCUCUUUAUUGGCUUGAAAAAGUGUCUCAUGAUGACAUCAAAAUCCCAAAGUGGUCGCCUUUGUCAGAAAUGCACCCUGUAGAUUAUUACUCUUCUUAUACAAAAAACUGCACUGGAAGAUUUACAGAAAAAGAAAUAAAAAAUAUUAGAGCAUUUUACUAUGCUAUGUGUGCUGAGACAGAUGCCAUGCUUGGUGAAAUUAUUCUGGCCCUUCAUCAGUUAGAUCUUCUUCAGAAAACUAUUGUCAUAUACUCCUCAGACCAUGGAGAGCUGGCCAUGGAACAUCGGCAGUUUUAUAAAAUGAGCAUGUACGAAGCUAGUGCACAUAUUCCGCUUUUGAUGAUGGGACCGGGAAUUAAAGCCAACCUGCAAGUAUCAAAUGUGGUUUCUCUUGUGGAUAUUUACCCCACCAUGCUUGAUAUUGCUGGAAUUCCUCUGCCUCAGAACCUGAGUGGAUACUCAUUGUUGCCAUUAUCAUCAGAAACAUUUAAUAAUGAACAUGAAGUCAAAAACCUACAUCCACCCUGGAUUCUGAGUGAAUUCCAUGGGUGUAAUGUGAAUGCUUCCACUUACAUGCUUCGAACUAACCACUGGAAGUAUAUAGCCUACUCGGAUGGCACUUCAGUAUUGCCUCAACUCUUUGAUCUUUCCUCAGAUCCAGAUGAAUUAACAAAUGUUGCUGUAAAAUUUCCAGAAAUUACUUAUUCUUUGGAUCAGAAGCUUCGUUCCAUUAUCAACUACCCUAAAGUUUCUGCUUCUGUCCACCAGUAUAAUAAAGAGCAGUUUAUCAAGUGGAAACAAAGCAUAGGACAGAAUUAUUCAAAUGUUAUAGCAAACCUUAGAUGGCAUCAGGAUUGGCAGAAAGAACCAAAGAAGUAUGAAAGUGCAAUCGACCAGUGGCUUAAAACUGUUAUGAAUCUAAGAGCAGUUUGAACAAAAAGUUUAAAAAUAAUGUUCUGGAGCUACAUAUAAAUAUCAUGAUUAUGAAUUUUAAAUAUAACAAUUUUGGUACCAAUUUUUCAUCACUUUGAAAGCAGGUAGUAUAUUUUAAUAUAAAAUGCCAAUGAUUAUAAAAUUACAUAUUUUCAAAAAUGAUUAUUAUUUAGACCUUUGUAGAGCUUCUAACAAUUUAGUGGAAGUAUCAAAAAGAUUGAAGCAAAUACUGUAAAAGUUAUGUUUCAUUAAAUAAUAGAGAAUAUAAAAUAUUUUAAUAA